ACUCCAAAUAAAAUUAAAUAUAUAAAUAAAAUAAAUUGAACUCCUAUCGAGGAUUUCUUUUAUAAAUUUAUUUAUUUAAUUUAUUUGGAAGAUAAAAAAUAAUUAGUAAUAAUACGAGGAUGUCUAAAAAUGUCAAAGUGUUUGUUUCUCUAGUUCUUGUAGUGUUCUUGGCUCUUGCAGCAACCAAUAUUGAAGCAAGAUACAUAAAUUAUGGUGAUCUUAAUGGUGGAGAUCACGCUUUGGCUUGCGAUAAAGCGAAUCCUGGUUCCUGCAAGAAGCAAGAAGUCAAUCAUUACCGCAGAGGAUGCGAGACGGAAGAACGUUGCCGUGGAUCUCGUUGAUUUAUACAGAUGAUAACCGAAGCUCAUGCAUCAAAUUAGUUUCCUGAUUAUUAUAAUAUAUUGACAGGCUUCUAACUUGGAGAACAACUAUUGGUUAAUUUAUACGAAGGCAAUCAUAUUAAUUUGAGAUGAUCAAAUUAAUUUCCUUGUUAUUUAUUUAGUAUUGUUAUUUAUUUAGUCUGUUAUUGGUUUUAUAAUUGAUUUUAACCCAAUGAUGUUAUGAUCAAAUAAAUAUAAAUAUCUUUGUUCC